AUGGACUCUCCGCUCGACGCCCUAGACCAGAACGACCGGAGCCACACCUAUACCGAAACGGCCGGCCUUUUCAUCCGACAAUACUGGCAUAUCAUUCUGUCUGUGAUCUUGAUCGGAAAUGUCCUCCGCACCCGGUACCUCUCCCCCCUCCGGAGCUAUCCGGGGCCGUUCCUCGCUUCGACUACCCGUCUUUGGAAAGUCAUCACCACCGCGUCCGGCCGCUCGCACCUACAAUAUGUUGCGUUGCACCGGAAGUACGGACCCGUCGUCCGCAUCGGACCUAAUGAAGUAUCCAUCGCCUCACCAGAGGCUGCGAGACAUGUUCUGAGCGCUGGAAAGAGGUUUUACAAGACGGCGUUCUACGGAGUGUUCCCUCCGCCAGAGAACCCGGACAUCUUCACCGAGGUCAACGAGGAGGCUCAUGCGCGCAAGAAGAAGGUUGCCAACGUGCCUUACAGCAUGGCGGCGAUGCAACAUCUGAGUCCCUUUAUUGACGACACCAUCGAUCUGGUGGUGGCGAAGCUUGGCGGAUUCGCGUCGGCGCCUAUGGAAUACAAGGCAGAUAAGUCCGUGGACCUGGGAGCGUGGUUGCAUUACUUCGCAUUUGAUGUUUUGGGAGAAGUAGCCUUCUCACGGAGCUUCGGCUUUUUAGCCGAGGGGAAAGACGUCGAGGAUGCCAUCGCGACGAUAGAUCGCUCACAGGCAUACAAUGGCAUUGUUGGUCAAAUCCCCUGGGUGGACCAUCUGCUCCGUCGCAACCCUCUUUGGAAGCUUGUGCCAAGUCUGGACACCAAGAACGCUCCGAUCACGAGAAUCGCGCUAAGUGAGAUGGAGAGACGACGACCGUUUGACAAGGAGAGUGAGGGGCACCUGAAAGACCCUGAGAGAUUUACCGAGGGCGACGUCUUCGCUGUUGCUCAUGGGGCGAUCUUUGCCGGCUCUGACUCCACUGCAUCAACUAUGCAGUCGUUGUUCUGGCACGUUUUAUCCUCACCAGACGUUCAUAAAAGGCUAGUAGAUGAGAUCACUGAAGCUGUCGAUGUCGGUGUGCUUCCCGCCACAGGAAACAUUUCAUGGAGUGAGGCCCAAGGUCUCCAGUACUUCCAAGCUUGCCUGAAGGAAGCCAUGCGGGUGCGGCCUGCUGUUGGGCUCAACAUUACGCGUGUUGUUCCCCCUGAAGGCGCGGAGCUGGACGGGCACUUCUUCCCUGGCGGCACCGAAAUCGCAGUCAACGGAUGGGUCUUGCACCGGGACAAACGCACAUUUGGCGAGGAUGCGGACGACUUUCGGCCGGAAAGAUGGUUGGUUGAAGUUGACAAUGCUAAGAAAAUGGAGAGAUACAUGUUCCAGUUCGGCGGAGGCAGCCAUGUAUGCAUAGGACGUAAUUUGGCACUGCUCGAGAUCAACAAGAUUGUACCACGGCUUUUCAGAGACUUCAAGUUUGAAUUAGUCCACCCAAGUCAGCCGCUGAAGGCUAAUGCCACGUUCUUUGUGGUGCAGGAAGGGCUCGAGGUUUAUGUUCAGAGGCGGGACUCCCCUUAG